AUGCUGUCUACUGCGCGCGACGUGCUCCUGAGCUACAGCCUCGUCUUUGGCUUCUACACGCUGUGGAUGGUGUCGAUGGCGCUGGCCGUCGCGUCCGUGCCCGUCAUGCUCUUCUCGUCGAGCUACCGCUACUACGUCCUUGCCUUCCACGCGUGCUACUUUUCCUACCGGUACCUCUUCCCGCUCUCGGCGUGGCCGUCGCUCUCCACGGCGCUUGUCGAUAUCUACCAGCGCCACCCGUACUACGCCAAGCAAGACGUGGUGUUUGACGAGGGCGCGGCGCCGGCGAAAGGCCGCUCGAAAACGCUCAUGGCCUACCAUCCGCAUGGCAUCCUCUGCUGUGGCUGGCUCGUCAAUGGUGGCGCGAAUCCGGUCUUCCGCCACUCGAACUUUUCGUGGCUCGUCACCGAUUUGCUCUUCCUCGUGCCCGGCAUGUCGAACCUCUUGGCGUGGUUCCAAGGCGGCCCCGCGGGCCGCACCAACUUUGAGCGCCUCGCCAAGGCCGGCGACAACAUUGCCAUCAUCCCCGGUGGCUUUGAGGAGGCGACGAUCUUUGCCCGCGGCCACCACCGCGUCUUUCUCAAGAACCGCAAGGGGUUUCUCAAACUCGCGCUGCAAUAUGGCUACAAGGUCCAUCCUGUCUACACGUUUGGCGAGGAAGAGACGUAUGCGUCGUUCCCGUACCUUCUCAAGCCGCGUGUCUGGCUCAACAAGUACAAGGUGCCCGGCGUCAUCUUCCGCGGCCUCUGGUUUUGCUUCUACAUGCCAUUCAGAAGUGCGCGCCUCACAACGGUCGUGGGCGCACCGCUGCAGUUGCCGACGAUCGACCACCCGACGAUCGACGACGUGACCAAGUACCACAACCAGUACAUGGCGGCCCUCCAAGAGCUCUUUGACAAGUACAAGGGCCAGUACGCCACCGACCCGAACGCGGUCCUUGAGCUCUUUUAAGUAUCAACUUGA